CAUUUUCCUUGCCCAGUGCACACCUCCUGUCACAGAGUAUAAAGACACGACUCCGUAGCACAGCUAUACAUUACUCUACUUCCUUCAGUAACAGAAGUAAUCGCACACUCUCUUUUGAAAUCAUGUCAAAGAAGGUUGCCGUGAUCCUUUCUGGCUGUGGCGUGUACGAUGGGAGUGAAAUUCACGAAUCGUCUGCUACUUAUGUUCAUUUGAGCAGAGCUGGUGCUGUGGUAAGUUGAAUUGAAUUACUUGAAUUACAACAGACUUGGAGGAGACUUCCUGCGACUCAUUAAUUACAUUUUGGAAUGUUACUUGUUAAACCUGGAAUUGUGGUUAAAGUGACAAGGGAAUUGCAAGUUUAUAAGAUAAUUCACUGAAGUGAGAAUUCAAGGUGAAUUCAAAGUCAAUCUUAAGACCAAAAUAGCUGAACUAGAAAAAUUGUCUGUCAGCCAUGCUUUCAGUUUGGCUACUUUGGCCUUAAAAUGAAAUUCACUCUGAAUUCUCACUUAAUAACCCUGUAAAGAGUUCCUUCAGUUCUGCUAUUUUUUUCUGAAGUUUCAGUUCUCUGUUGUUCCUGCUUUAGUGCACUCAGUAGGUGUGCAUGAGGUAGCGCAACAUACAAAGUACUUUUUUUUUUAUUUAUAUAUAAACAAUCAAUUAAAACAAAGGUUUUUAAGAUCUAGGUUUCAACUGCUGACAUGGAAAAUAUUUCCAUUUAAGCUCAUUUUCCAACUUGGUUAUUUUAGAACAAAUGUUUCUCUAUUCAGUUUUUUACGAAACAUUUCGCCUAUACAUAUGGAAAAAAAGAGAGAAAUGUCAAGAGUCCUUAUAUGUAUAAUAUUAGUGGAUUUUUUUUGUUUACCUGACCUUUUGUAUACAUAACAUGACUGCUUACUUGUAACUAAAAUAUGUUUUACAUUAACUUGUCCACUUUCUUGGAGUUAAGUAAACUGAUCGCAAUUUAAUUGUGCACUGUGUGGAUGAUACUGGCAAGGGUUAAAUAUAGCUUAACCAAAUAUGACUAAACAGUAAACUGCAGUGUUGUUGCCUGAACAUGUAGGAUUUAAGAAACACAACGUUUUUUUUUUUUUUUUUUUCUUUAUGGUGUAGUAAUUAGCAGUCUGAGUGUCAAAGGGAAGAGUAAAUGAAAAUUUUAUUCACUAAACACUGAAAUGUGAUGGAAUUAAAUUGCAACAUUUUAUAUAUAAUAUAUGAAAAUUGAUGAAUUUUGUUACAAAAAAAGUGCAUCACCGUUACAACGCAUGAAUGGAAGUGCGAAAUAUUUUUCCAGGAAGUGCCCCACAGUUAGUAAAUAAUAUGUACUUUGUGUUUAUCCUCGUAAGUAUACAUAGGAGCUGAUCGUGUUUAGAUCAUUCAAGUAGCCAGUGUCGCUAUAGCUGGGUAUGGGUAGGAGCUUAGGAACGGCUGUAAACAAAAUAAAUGCUUCAUAUACCACCCACCCCUGUGCAACAACUAUGCCUUUUUACUUCGAAACGUAUUAACUAAAGUUAGAAUUGUUGGGAAUGCAAUGUGAAUUCUUCAAGUCUGCAUUAAAUUUCAAAUUCACUUUGAAUUCCUCAUAAUUCUCACCUUAGGGAAUAGCCAUGUGUGUGUGACCCGGUUCACUUCUAAAACAUUCAACCCUAAAUGUCAUUUCUCACAUAAACGAUGGAAAAAAUGUAGGAUCUAUAAAAAACUUAUUUAAAUUAAGAAAAAUAAAUAAAUAAAAACUUGUGAAAAUGAACAGCAUGUGGAAAAUUAUCCUAUAAUGAUUCAAUUUUUUUUUUUUUUUAAUUAGUUGAGCAAUUAACUACCGUAUACCUGUUUAAAUAUCUCAAUAACUCUACCAUGAAGGAUAAAAGAUAUGUUUAAAAAAAAAAAAAAAAGUAGCAAUACCGUACAUUAAUUUACGAUCAACUUGUUCAAAUACUUCUUUUAAAAAGAAAGUGUAUGCAGUUAUUAAAUGUGCAAAUAACUAGCUAUUUAAUAAUGUUGAAAGGGUGUAAUAUGUAGUAUUUAUCUAUUUCUUACUUGGUUUUUGCAGACUCAGUUCUUUGCACCUGACAUUGAUCAGAUGCAUGUGGUGGACCACGUGAAAGGACAGCCAACAGAAGAGAAACGUAAUGUUCUCACCGAGAGUGCCCGAAUUGCCAGAGGGAACAUUAAGGACCUAAAAGACCUGAACGUCAGUGACUAUGAUGCACUUAUAAUACCAGGUAAAUAUUCAAUGUGUGAGGAAAUAACUGAAAUGUGUGGCUUCAUUAGAGGUUCCACAGAUCAGCCUAUUUUAGACCCUGUGUCUUCUUCAGUCCCAUACAGCCACUUGGUUACAGGACAAAGGAGAUGGUUUCAUUCCUGAUUAAUGUCUUAACCAUGGGGCAAUGUUCUAGUUCAAACAAAAUUAUGUUUUUAAGUUGAUCACUGCAUGGUUUGUACAGUAAAAUAUAGGGUUGACAUUUCAUCUGAGCAAAGAUCAAGACGACAUUUGGCUGUAGAUGGCUAAGGUCUAAUAAAUAUAUAAUUGAUCUUGUCUUUGUUUUAUUUAGGAGGCUUUGGAGUUGCUAAAAACCUUUCUUCCUGGGCUGUGAAAGGAAAAGAUUGUUCUGUUGAAAAAGCAGUAGAAGUGGCUUUCAAGGGAUUUCAUGCUGCCAAAAAACCUAUUGGCCUGUGCUGCAUAUCACCUGUUCUGGCAGCUAAGCUCCUUCCUGGGUGUGAAGUCACUGUUGGCUGUGAUACUGAGUGUGAAAAGUAAGUAAAUUAAUUCCAGUGGAAUUCACCUUCUCUGACAAUUUUUAGAACAACUUAUGGAUCUGUAAACUGGAAAGAUACAAUUGAGACUAUGGAGAGGAGGGGGAAGAGUGCUGAGCAGGAUUACUGUUCUUCCUGUAGGUCUAUAGUUUCUAGCAGUUGUGGUUUUGUUCAGAACAGAUCCAUUAACACAUAUUCAUAUUCUGCUAUAAAUGAGAUUUUUAUCUAUUAUUUUUAAAAUUUUAUUUAUGUUUUAAUUAUUUUUACAGAUGGCCAUACGCUGGUACAGCUGGUGCCAUCAAAGAUCUUGGCUGUAAACACAUCAAUAAAGAAGUUCAUGAGGUUCACGUGGAUAAGAAAAACAAGCUAGUUACCACCAGCGCUUUCAUGUGCAACAGUCCUAUUCAUGAAAUCUAUGAUGGCAUUGGAGUCUUUGUUACUGAUGUCAUGAAACUGAUUUAAAACAGAUAUUUUCUAACGAUUUUUUUUUUAAAUGUUAAAAAUGUUCUAAAAUCCAAUGUAUUUAUUAAACCAAAAAUAAACAGUCAAACGUUACAGAAUUUAUCACUUCCUUUCAUCCUCUUUAAAUUUGUUUUAAACCAUUCUAAAGAAAUCUUAUGGCAAUUAUUUUCUCAGGUUGAUAAGGUAGUAUAUGACACAAAUGAACAAAGGUCAUAUACUGAGUUUUGACUAAAAUGUGUUGAUUAGCUUAACCUUUUGGAUGGAAGAGGUUGUGCUGUUGCAAUAAAAAAAAAAAAAAAAAAAUUAAAAAAAUUAAAAUGUUAAAAAAAUGAUACAGCAGUGAUUGUUAAUCUUUUGAACUGCUUUUCUAGAAUGCUCAGCCAUCCAUUUGUCCUAGAGGAAAUGCUUUUCUUUCCAGCUAGGGUGCAGUCGCUCUGUAUUGUGGUUACAUUUUCAAGACUCUCAAAGACUCUAGUGAUGUUAAAUCCUAACGCAUUUCAGUUUAUACAUUGAACUAGACAGACCGUAAUUGUUUACAUUUUACCAAUAUCCAGCCGCAUUGGUACCCUAAGUGUGAGUAAAUAAGCAUCUAACCCAACAUGCUUUACCAGUUGCCAAUAUGUGCACAGAAGUUUGCAGAAUAUUUGUAUAAUCAGGUGAUUAAGAAAAGGGGAGUCUGUC